AUGAUGAACACAAAGGGAAAGAGGAAGGGGACCCAUUACACAUUCUCUAGGCCUUUUCGCAAACAUGGUGUUGUCCCAUUGGCUACUUAUAUGCGAAUCUACAAGAAAGGUGGUAUUGUAGAUAUUAAGGGCAUGGGGAAAGUGCAACAAGGUAUGCCCCAUAAGUGUUACCAUGGCAAGACUGGAAGGGUAUAUAACGUUACCCAACACGCUGACGGGAUUAUUGUAAACAAACAGGUCAAGGGCAAGAUUCUUGCCAAGAGAAGUAAUGUUCGAAUUGAGCAUAUUAAGCAUUCCAAGUGUCGAGACAGCUUCCUUAAGCGUGUGAAGGAGAAUGAUCAGAAGAAGGAAGCCAAAGAGAAGGGCAUCUGGGUUGAACUAAAACGUCAGCCCGCUCCACCCAGAGAGGCCCACUUUGUGUGA